GUGGCAGUCGACGAGUAGUAACAUAGGGAAUCAUAGAUACAGCGGCUGUGUUGCGUGAUUCAGACGAGGUUAAUUAUGAUCUAAUUCAUUAUCCCAUUUCUCUUGGGUCAGAAGACUCACUGAACCCUAAAGCUCACCAUCCAGGCCAGGCUCACUCAACAGCCUAGGCUCCUGGACUGUGCUAACCAGUCUUUGGUUAGUUUAUGGCUCAUUAUAUAGUGCAAAUCCAUGAAACUAGGAUAAAUAGUAAACCAGAAUUAAUCAUGGGUUAACAAGUUAUGAAAAGAGCCUUAUGUUCUUGUCCCAACCUUUAAGGUAAAACUUAUACAAGAAAUACACAGGUAUACAAAUAGAAGAGGUAGACACUGUGGGGCCCACAGGCAAAGAGACCCUGGACUUCUGCUUGCUUCAUGCCCCCAACAAAUUUGGUUGUGGGGGGUGGCACCUCCACAGAAGUUGUUGAGUGCAAAAGUAAGGAGGGAACAAAGGGAAGGGAUGAGCUGCCACCACUGCUGACUGAGCACCUCCUCUUCGUGAGCCGCUUCUGCAGCAGCUAUUGCCACAACAGCAGCACCGCUACCACCAUCAGCCUCCUCUCUUCCUCCUCUUCUCAGUUGGAUCACGUGGUAGUGAGAUUACAUAACCAACACAAUGAAUGCAACAAAAAAAAUUAAACAAAACCCAGUUGACAUCUCAUCCCCUGGUACAAAGAAGAAAGGAGGAUACAGCAGAUAUGGAGCUGAGCCAAUGGUUUUACUGCCUGCAGAUACCAAUGAAACUGUUACACAGUAUUCUCUGUCUCUUUCGUCUGGAAAUAAAGAUAGAAUGUUUGAUGAAAUGGAAAUGCUUAGGAAUAUUACCAAACAUCUAAAUGAGAUUGUACAUACAAUGGAAAGUGUCUAUAUAAUGGAAGGUGAAAUUAAACAAAAAGAAGAAGAGGAGGAGGAGGAAGAGGAAGAACCACCUGAAGAGUAUGAAGAUAUGACUUCUUUCCUGAUAUGUUGUUCACAACUUAGGACACAACUAGAAAAUGCACUUCGUGAAGAAAAGCAAAUAUUAGAGUCAUUGCUUAAGUGGUUUGAAAAGGAGGUCCAUGAGAUGGAAGAGAUAGGUGAGGAGAAAAUUCUCCCAGACUGGGAAAUUCCUCUAGCAGAUAAAAGCAUAACAAAUAAUAUUAAUCAAUUACUGAAUCGCAUUCAAAGACUUGAAGAACUAAAAGGCCGUGUUCAAGAACUACCCAAACUUAUUCAGCUUUCCACACCUAAACAGGAAAAGAAAAAAGCAGUAAGCCCAACACCUCCCACUCAAAAAGAUCCAAAAAAUAUAAUUGAAGGUAAGGAUUCUGAUUUACCAUGGACUCCAGUACAUUAG